AGGAAAUGUAUAGUCUGGAAGCUGAAGACCAUGCGGCACAUGGGGAAGAGGGCCCUAAACAGAGUCGUGAGAUGCAACUGCUUUCUUGUGUAGGAAAAUAGCAGAGGCCAGACUGAAUUAUGACCCUUGCAAAAUUAACAAGUGUCAGAUGAUAAUUGUGUUUACAGCAGCCACAUUCUGCUUCAUUGACCAAGCCAAUAACUACCAGCUGUCCACACUCAGUCUGGACUGUGACCAGCAGUAGAAUAAAGAUUGGGUUGUUACAUUAAAGAGAUGGAAACUGCCAUCUUACAAUUUUAUGGAGCUUUCCAAAAAUCAAUUGGAUCUCUUAUCUAAUGAACUGGAUAUAAAAAUUUGCCUUGUCAUGUAAGUUCUACAACAACUAGUGUUGUGAGAACUAUAAUUUUCUGAUCACUCUUAGACUUCCUCUGCCUGGGAAAAGGGUGGGAAAGUGGGGUCUAGGCCUAUUUCUACAGAACAAGGUGUCAGCCCCGAUGCGAUGCUGCUGGGGGCUGUCAUUUAGGCGGGGCCAGGAGACUCACAUACAGGUCCAAUGCCGAUUGUGGAUUGGUCCAGGCCACAGAGCAAUUGAUGUUGGAGAUAGGCCCCCACAAGGGGUCUAUCUACCCAUUUUGUGGUAGUCCCCAGAAUAAUGGAAGAGAUAGUGUUGGGCCUGGCCUGGCUUGAUAAGUGCGGUCCGACAAUCUGGUGGGGGCGUUGUUGACAUCUUCGGAUUGGGAUAGGCCCUGAUCCGCCCCCACAUGAGCGGAUGAAAUCCCCCCAAGUGAUUGGAAAUGCCCACACACAGUGUUGUGGUCUGCCAGCAGCCUGUGGAGCUGGCAACGGAGUCGGACAAUGAUGAGGCUGAGAAGAGUGUGGGCCAGUCCUGGAGAGUGGGGAAGGCCUGGAUGAGGGCUCUGCGUCGGAGGCUGAGGUGGGAUCAAGGCCAUUGGGGAGUGAGGUGUGGACUCCAGAGCCUCCAGAAACUGACAGUGGUGAGGCAGAGGAACAGGAGGAGCCUGUUCCUAAUGCAUGCAUGAGAAGAACUGCCAGAAGGCAAGAGCAGCUCAAGCAAAGAGGACGACUUGGGAGUAGGGGCAAGAGAUGAUCGUCCCCUCCCAUAAGGUUUAAAAGACCAGGAACGGCGUUUGGGCUCUUUGCCUGAAAACGUUGAUAGCUUUGUCUUGUUGCAUUUAUUUUGUAUCGAUGUCUUCUGAACUUUUGCCAAGAAAGGCCUUUGGCAGUUUGCCUAAUUGGACCAAGGUUGGUGAUAGGACUGAGGAAUUGUGUUGGGAGGAAAUUGCUUUAAUUUAGUUGAACUACGCUGAGAAUGAAGUAAUUCUCAACUGUUCAAAUAAAGUUUGUUUGUUUUUAUACUGACUGAGUUUCCUACUACCUACUUGAGCCUGGGUCACAACACACAGAACAGUCCCUCCGGGAAGCAUAUUGGACUCCCUAAAAAAUAUAGUGAUCUGAACGAAGUUUAUAGUGAACAGAAGUCUGAUCACUUACCUCCACACCGUGCUACGGAUUGCACUAUCGAAAUUCUGCCAGGGGACCCUACCAAAGCCUAAGAUGUAUUUGAUGACUCCCCAGGAGCUAACAGAAAUGAGGGCUUAUAUAGAAAAGAAUUUGAAAAGGGGGCUUAUACAGCCGGCUAGGUCCAGGGUAGCCGCUCCUGUUCUUUUCUGAGAAAAGAAGGAUGGAGGAUUACGACUAUGUGGUUUUUUUUUAAUUUGAAUUGAUAUCCCGCCCUUCUCUGAAGACUCAGGGCGGCUUACAAUGUGUUAAGCAAUAGUCUUCAUCCAUUUGUAUAUUAUAUACAAAGUCAACUUAAUUGCCCCCAACAAUCUGGGUCCUCAUUUUACCUACCUUAUAAAGGAUGGAAGACUGAGUCAACCUUCGUUGACUUUAGGGGGAUCAACACUGUUUGUGCAGAGCAUAUGUACCCCCUACUGUUAAUGAAAGACAUGCUGGCUCGCUUGGCAGAGGGUAUGGUCUUUACUAAGUUAGGUCUCCAUGAGACGUUUUACAGGGUUCGCAUAAAACCUGACGAUGAAUGGAAGACAGCGUUCAACUGCCUGCUGGGAAGUUAUCAGUUCCAAGUGAUGCCAUUCGGCUUACAGGGAGCACUCACUGUAUUUAUGCAAUUGAUCAAUGAGGUUUUGCAGGAACAUCUAUACAACGGGGUGCUUGUGUAUCUGAUUGACAUAUUAAUAUAUAAAAAAACCUUGGAAGAACACAUCACCCUUGUAAGCCAGGUCUUAAGCAAGUUGUUCGCCAUCAAGCUAUACAUCAAACUGUUGAAAUGCAAGUUCCACAAGUCGCAAUUAGACUAUUUGGGAUUCUGCAUUUUUCCAAAGGGUGUGGAGGUGGACCCUGCAAAAAUAAAGGCCAUGUUAGACUGGCAAGACCCAAGAACGCGAAAACAGUUACAGAGCUUCUUGGGGUUUGCGAAUUUUUACAGACAGUUCAUCCCAUCCUUUGCUCAAGUGGCUCUUCCAUUAAUGGAUCUCUUGAAAUAGAAUAGAAUAGAAUAGAAUAGAAUUUUAUUGGCCAAGUGUGAUUGAACACACAAGGAAUUUGUCUUGGUGCAUAUGCUCUCAGUGUACAUAAAAGAAAAGAUACGUUCAAGGUACAACAUUUACAACACAAACAUUCAGUCCAAAAGCCACAUCCAGAACAAUUGGUGCAAUGGUCAUUGGUGUGUCAGCAAGCCUUCGAACAUCUAAAGACGUUGUUUGCCAAAGAACCGGCCUUAAAAUAUCCAUACUCCGCUGAGCCGUCAUUAUGUGGUAGAGGAAAUCCUGGAUGCACACUGGCACCGAGGUUGCUUGCAGUACCUUGUUUAUGGAAGGGAUACCCUUUAGUGGAGAUGUCCUGGGUACCUUUGCAGGACGUUAACACGGCAAAAUUGCUUACCAGAUUCCAUCACAAGCAUCUUGAUAAACCAGGAGGUACAUGAGUGCCAGGUACAUGAGUGCCAAAACCUUUCUAACUUUGAGUUUUAUUUUCCAGAUGCUCUCCUUGUGGUAGGGGGGCCCGCAUGUCAGCCCUGACGCGAUGAUGCUUGGAGCUGUCAUUCAGGCGGGGCCAGGAAACUCACAUAUGGUCCAACACCAAUUGUGGAUUCAUCCAGGCCACACCAGCACUGGUGCUUCUGUCACCAUACCAGACACAGCAUGAAACUCUCACCACUGCUGUGGCCACAGCCAUGUUCCCGGAAGCCGAUGCUGGCAUCCCUGCAGCACAACUGGGAGGCGGGGCCACUAAACAGCUGACAGAAACAAGCCGUGGAAACUUUGCUGAGUCUCGGCUUGUCUAAGGAACUAGCUGGCCAGCCAGGAUUAAGGGGCGGGGUGUUGGCUGAGUUACAGGCUGAAAGCAUGUUGGGGGCGUGGCUGGAGGGUGGAGUCAUGGGUGGAAUGUGGAAGACAUUAAAAAGGUGGUGGACAGCACUGCGUGAUAGCGCUGACUAUUUUCUUCACUGUGAUUGUUGGAAUGUGCCGGAGCGCCGGAUAAAGAUUGCUACACCCAGGAACCUGGCAGCCAUGUUGAAGCUGAACAAGACUGACAUCCUGGUGAUCUUAGCAAUCCAGCUAGCAGUUCUCCUGUGUCUCAUUUUUCAGCUUCAGUACACUCCCCAGGAAAAGGUGAUUCAGAAGCAUAUCCUCAUCCUUUCCUCUUGGAGGUCUGGCUCAUCCUUUGUAGGGCAGCUCUUCAGUCAGCACCCCAGUGUUUUCUACCUGAUGGAGCCAGCCUGGCACGUGUGGGCAACUAUGUACCAAAACAGCGCCAAGGUCUUGCACAUGGCAGUGCGGGACCUUAUUCGCUCAGUCUUCAAGUGUGACAUGUCCGUCUUUGAUGCCUAUAUGAAUGAGCACAGGAAUAAGUCUGCGCUCUUUCAGUGGGAGACCAGCCGGGCUUUGUGUUCCCCCCCUGCAUGUGACCUUUUCCAGCGCAGUGACAUCAUCUCCAAACACUCCUGCAAGACACUCUGUGGAAAUUAUCCAUUCAGCAAAGUGGAAGAGGCUUGUAAGACAUACAGCCAUGUUGUCUUAAAGGAAGUCCGUUUCUUCAACAUCAAGGUGCUUUAUCCUCUCCUCACUGACCCCUCCCUGGACCUCAGAAUCAUCCACCUGGUCCGUGAUCCCAGGGCUGUUUUCCAUUCCCGUGAGAACGUGGCAAAUGAACUUGCCCAUGACACAAAGAUUGUGGUGGGGCAUAAUAAUAUGAAUGACAUGAAGCCCUAUGCUGCCAUGAAGGCAAUUUGCAAAAGUCACAUUGACAUAUACACUGAAGUCAAGCAGCCCCUGAAAGAUCGCUACAUCUUGGUGCGCUAUGAGGAUAUCGUUAAGGCUCCCUUGGCAAGAGCUGCUCAGCUUUAUCAGUUUGCAGGGCUUCCCUUCCUUCCCAGUCUUCAGUCCUGGGUGCAGCACAUCACACAUGGCCAAGGCUUUGGUACCAAGGUCUUUGAUACUGAUGCCAGAGAUGCAAUGAAUGUGUCACAGGCUUGGAGAAAGACUCUUUCUUAUCUCCAAACAACAGUAUUACAAAAUAUCUGCAAGGAAGCUAUGAAACAUUUGGGUUACCGGCCUGCUAGAUCUGAGGAUGAACAAAAGAACAUGGCAUUUGACCUCUUGGCCAAGUUGAAUAUAAAAACUGCCUGUCCAGCUUCCAGCAGUUCAAAGCAUCACAACUAGACUGCUUCAGGAAGCUGCAGCCUGUGUAGAUGGAUCCCAACAUGAAUAGAAUAGAAUAGAAUAGAAUAGAAUAGAAUAGAAUAGAAUAGAAUAGAAUAGAAUAGAAUAGAAUAGAAUAGAAUAGAAUAGAAUAGAAUAGAAUUCUUUAUUAGCUAAGUGUGAUUGGACACACAAGGAAUUUGUCUUUGGUGCAUAUGUUCUCAGUGUACAUAAAAGGACAGGAAACAUUCAUCAAGAAUCAUAAGGUACAAACUUUAAUGAUAGUCAUAGGGUACAAAUAAGCAAUCUGGAAACAAUAUCAUAAGGAUACAAGCAACAAAGUUACAGUCAUGCAAUCAUAGUGGGAGGAUAUGGGUGAUGGGAAAGGUGAGAAGAUUAAUAGUAAUAGUAAUGCAGCCUUAGUGAAUAGUUUGACAGUGUUGAGGGAAUUAUUUGUUUAGCAGAGUGACAGCAUUCUGAAAAAACUGUUCUUGUGUCUAGUUGUCCUGGGGUGCAGUGCUCUAUAGCUUCAUUUUGAGGAUAGGAAUUGAAACAAUUUAUGUCCAGGAUAUAAGGGGUCAGUAAAUAUUUUCACAGCCCUCUUUUUGACUCGUGCAGUAUACAGGUCCUCAAUGGAAGGCAGGUUGGUAGCCAUUGUUUUUUCUGCAGUUUUAAUUAUCCUCUGAAGUUUGUGCCUGUCUUGUUGGGUUGGAGAACCAAACCAGUUAUAGAGGUGCAGGUGACAGACUCAAAAAUUCCUCUGUAGAACUGUAUCAGCAGCUCCUUAGGGAGUUUGAGCUUCCUGAGUUGGUGCAGAAAGAACAUUUUUGCUGUGCUUUUUUGAUGACAUUUUUGAUGUUAGGUGUCCAUUUUAGGUCUUGAGAUAUGAUGGAACCUAGAAAUUUCAAGAUCUCUACUGUUGAUACUUCUGCCAACCUAGCAGUUUGAAAGCAUGUAAAAAUGCAAGUAGAAAACUAGGGACCACUUUUGGUGGGAAGGUAACAGCUUUCUGUGCACCUUUGCAUUUAGUCAUGCUGGCCACAUGACCACAGAGCUGUCUUGGGACACCACUGGCUCUUUGGCUUUGAAACGGAGAUGAGCACUGCCCCCUAGAGUCAGGAAUGACUAGCAUAUAUGUGGGAGGUGGAAGUAUGGGAGGGUGUCUCCUAAAGUCUAUCACCAUUUCUACGGUUUUGAGUGUGUUCAGUUUCAGAUUGUUCUGGUCACACCAUGAGGCUAGUUGUUCAACCUCCCAUCUGUAUGCAGAUUCAUCAUUGUCUUGAAUGAGACUGAUCACUGUUGUAUCAUCUGCGAACUUCAGAAGUUUAACAGAUGGAUCUUUUGAGAUGCAGUCAUUGGUAUAUAGAGACAAGUGGGGAGAGCACACAGCCCUGGGGGGCUCCUGUGCUAAUUGUACAGGUAUCUGAUGCGAUUUUUGCCUAUCUUCACCUGCUGCUUCCUGUCUGUUAGGAAGCUUGUGAUCCACUUACAAGUGUGUUCAGGUACUGCUAGCUGAUUCAGUUUAGUUAGAAGAAUGUCCGGUAUGAUGGUAUUGAAUGCUGAACUAAAGUCUACAAAGAGGACCCUUACAUAAGUCUUUGGAGAUUCAAGAUGUUGUAGGAUGUAGUGCAGAGCCAUUUUAACAGCAUCAUCUGUUAUUCUAUUUGCUCGGUAUGCAAAUUGCAAGGGGUCUAACAGUGGAUCCAUGAUGGUUUUCAGAUGGGACAGCACUAGCCUUUCAAAGGUUUUCAUGACUACAGUUGUUAGAGCAACUGAUCUGUAGUUAUUCAUUUCCUUGGUGGAGGGCUUCUUCAGCACUGGGAUAGUGGAGCGUUUGAAACAAGGAGGAACAUAGCACAUCUCUAAUGAUUUAUUGAAGAUUUGGGUGAAGAUGGGGGCCAAUUGGUCAACAAAGAGUUUUAGGCAAGAAGGGGUUAUCUUUUUCUGGGCCUGGUGCUUUUCCUGGCUUCUGUCUGUGAAAUAGAUCUUGCACUUCCUUUUCUGUGAUCACCAAGGGUUGUGAACCCAAUGGGAUGGGGCCAGUUGUAGGGGGUUUGGCUGUUGUUGGUGUAUCUGGAAUGGGGUUUUUGGAGAAAGGUGGCUGUACUUUCCUUCAAACCUGCAAUAAAACACGUUUAUGUCAUCUGCCAGUUGUUGAUUUCUUUUGGCCUGGGAAGGCUGUAGCUGGUGAUAUUUUUAAGAGUUUUUCACGUUUGCUGGUUUGUUGAGAACUGAUUUCUUAGCAUUUCAGAGUAGUUUAUUUUUGCUGCGCUGAUCUCCCUUGUUAAUAUGUUUCUGGCCUGAUUGCACAGCAUUCUAUCACCUUUUCUGUAGGCUUCCUCUUUGGUACGACGUAGCUGUCUGAGUUUAGCUGUGAGCCAAGGUUUAUUGUUACUGUGUAUUCACAAGUUCCUGAUCGAUACACAUAGGUCUUCACAGAAGCUGACAAAUGAUGUUACAGUAUCUGUGAGUUCAUCUAAGUCUGCAAAGGUAUUUUUGAAAACAUUCCAAUCAGAGCAGUCAAGGCAGAUUUAUAGCCUCCUUAGUCCACGUCCUCACUAAUUUAAUUGUUGGUUUCGUGGUUUUAAGUCUUUGUCUCAAAAGGCUCAGCUGAAGAGGUUGUAGAAAAAAUGCUUUUAAAGGGUUCUGACGAUCCCAGCUGAGCUGUGCGAUCAUCAGAGGCUUUGUUGUGUCUGCGCCCCCCGAGCCGGGCCUGCUGCCAGAAAGUAACUUGGAGCCAGGCCUGCUGCCAGAAAGUGACGGACAGUGAGGGGGAAGGGCCGUCAGUACUUACCUCGGGAGCACCGGCUUCCCUGGCUCAGCUCCAGGAGCCAGAAGCAGGCCAGGUAGAGAUAAUGAGGCCUCCAUCCCCUGAUUCUUUCCUCCCCCAGGCCACGCCUGCAGACCCAGCUGACAGCAAUCAGGCUUGGUUGAACCCCAGGUUUCGUAGGCAGGAGAGGAGGGAACAACAGAAGCAAGGGUGGGGCAGGCCCAGGAAGUGCUGAGUCAUGGAGCCACACCCGACAGGAUAUAAAAGGCAGCGAGAGCUGCUGUGUCUCUUUGUAACAGGCAAAUCCACUAAGAGCUGGUUUGUUUCUGGGUGACUCACCAGCGUUGUGGAAGAUAACAGAGGCUCUUCGCAGACGCUGGCUAUUCUGCUCCCAGAGCUGAUAGUGCCGGCUAAUUAAGCCAUCACGCAGACGGAGGCGAGGGAGGACAGAACAGGCUUUUUUUUUAACCUUUAAAAGCAUUUUUUUGGGGGGGGGGCUUCCGGGUGGCUUCGCUGCGCUAAAUGGCGGGCAAUCUCAGUCCGCCUGUUCUUUGUGAUUCUGUGAGAGCUGUUUAGACAGCGUUAAUCUGCUGUCAACAGCUCGUAAAUCUCUACCCUCGGGCAAGGAGGGAGAUGAUGAGCAUUUGAGCUGAAGUUGAGCCCCCAAGAAAAGCCCCAGAAUGAUUUCUGGUGGUUUGAUGGGAACGCUCCUUCUAUAGCUCAAAAAAAGCUCCAGAAUCCAGAUCGCCUCUGCAAAAGCAGAGCAAAACGCAGCAUCCAUCUCCGUGACUGAAGAGGAUUAUUGAUAAAUUGUCAACACGGAAAGAGCCGAAAGCAGGAGGGCUGGCAUUUGUUUGUAAGAUGAUUUUAACUCCCUGACAGAGAAGUUAUUUGUACUUAAGAGUGGAGAUGAAAGAUGGCGUUUUGUGUUUUGAAAGUGAAAGCUAAGGAAAUGCUGAUUACAAUUGCUGGCGUGGAACCUUUAAGAAGAAAAUAACAAGAUUUUUUUUAAAAAUGGAAUUCUUUUUUUAAAAAAAUCUAUUUUUUUUUUAUUAUCUUUUUCUUACAGUGUUUAAGAAGAAAAAUUUAUUGGGUUUUUUUUUCUUUUUAUUCCCCUCCUUUCUUUUUUCUUCUUUUUGAUAUUACUUAGUUUAAAAAUGGCUUUUAAGCAAAGAGAUUUAACCACUUCUAAAAUAUUGGAAAUUUCUUCACUUCAGGUACGGAAAUUGAGAGAGGAUAUUAAAGAAAGUCUAAGGAACUUUUUACAGGAGCUUAUGGAGGCUCAUCUUUCAGAAAUAGAUCAAAAAUUUAAUGAAAUGGAGAAAGAAAUACUGGAUUUUAAGGAUUUGGUGGAAGAGCAGAGUAGGGAGAUGAAAAAAUUAAAGGAAUCAAUUACCCCAUUAUUGUUAUCUAGUACACAGACAGAAGAAAGACUGAAUGAAUUUAACCAAAUUAAUUCAGAUUUGCAAAGGAAAAUAGAUGAAGUUCAAAUUAAUUUGAAUUUAGAAAAUAAAAUAGAUGAUAUUCAGGUUAAGGCUGAUAAGGCAGAGGAAGAAAGGGUUAUAUUACAAUAUAAAUUAAUGGAAUAUGCUAUAAGGGUGAGAGGAAUAAGAGAGUGUAAGGAAGAAAAUUUGAAAGAGAUUUUUAUUCAGGCCUUUGCUCAGA